AGAAAUCGGAUUUUUAGUCAAAAAUGAAUUCUUUUGUGAAUUGAAUCCAAAAAUUGAGAUUAAAUUGAGUUUUAAUUGAAGUAAUCGUCGAUCGGAUCCCCAAUUGGUGUCCAAAACCGCAAAGACUGUCACCGAUUGGUUGGUUGACUCGAGAGUGCGAUUGACUGCCAGAAGCGAUGGCCAAACGAAAGAAGGGUUCGUCUGAGAGUUCGGACGAAGAGGUGUCGCACUCGAAGACGAGUCGUGUGUCGAGCGACUCGUCGUCGAGUUCUGAUGGAGAGGACGGCGACUGGAAUGCGAAGAAGACGUCGAAAGUGAAGACCAAGAAGAAGGCGAAGCGAACCGUCAAACAGGAGGCGGAGAGUGAGGAGAGAGAGGAGGGAGAGGUGGAGGACGACGACGAGGACGUCGAGGAGUUCAACGACGGCUACGACGAGAACCUGUUGGGCGACGAAGACGACCAGAAGAGACUGUCACUCAUGACUGAGAAGGAGAGGGAACAGGAGCUCUUCAAUCGGUCCGAGAAACGAGAGGUUCUGAAGACGCGCUUUGAGAUCGAGAAGAAGCUCCGGAUGGCGAAG